UUCUUCUUUGUUUGAUACCAUGGUGGUCCCUUUCACUCUUCACAUUCUUACACUGCCCUAAUUACUAUCUUACUGAUUUCCCAUAACCAAUUAUUUCUGCCCAUCUUUUUUCUUUGCAUUCCCGUUUCACCGGUGCAUUUUCCUCGAAAACUAUGUUUUGUUUAUAUAUAUUGAUGGCUCUGGGAGAUAUUUCUCAUGGUCUAACCAAACUUCUUCAUUAAUAUGGUCAGUACUUCACUAGAGGCUCCUGAGGCAAUUCACUGGUGUAUUCGAUUUCGUGUGGUUCUUGGCGGCAUCCGUUGUGGUUGUUGUUUAAGGCGGGCCUCUCUCUUGUUGUAUUUCUAACAAUAUAAUUGAGAUCUGAAAUAUUUGGAUUCUGAGCAAUGCAUCUGAAGUACUACUGAGUGGGAUUCAUUUUCCGGGAAUUGUUGUAGUUAGCGGUUUUGGAAUCGAUUUAGACUAGAUGCCGGCUGAGGAAUCAAGUAGCUCCGUGUGGAGUAGGGAGCAGGAUCUACAAUUUGAGAAGGCAAUAGCUUCUUAUGGUGAGGAGUGUCCGGAUAGAUGGGAGAAAAUUGCAGCAGAAGUGGCUGGGAAAUCUGUGGAAGAGGUUAUGUACCAUUACGAACUUCUAGUUGAUGAUGUAAACGAAAUCGAGGCUGGCUUUGUAGAAGUUCCAUGUUACAAUUCUUCUUCAGAUGGUUCGGCUGGUCAUGCUGGUGAUGAAGCAACUACUAAGAAGGGCGGCUAUUCUGGAAAUUCAAACAGUGACACAAAUCGGGGAUCCAAAUCUUCUAAGAUGGACCAGGAGCGUCGUAAGGGUAUUGCUUGGACAGAGGACGAACACAGGUUGUUUCUCCUGGGACUGGACAAAUACGGUAAAGGUGAUUGGAGAAGCAUUUCUCGGAAUUUUGUUGUGACGAGGACUCCUACACAAGUAGCCAGCCACGCUCAGAAGUAUUUUAUUCGUUUGAACUCCAUGAACAAAGAUAGGAGGCGAUCAAGCAUCCAUGACAUUACCAGUGUCAGCUGCGGAAAUGUUUCAGAGCCUCAAGCUCCGAUCACCGGUCAAACUAAUGGUGGAGGUUCAUCUGGAAAACCUAUCAAAUCCCUCCCUCAAUCUCCUGUUGCUGCCACAGGAGUUGGCAUGUAUGGGUCGCCAACUAUGGGACAACCAAUCGGAGGGCCUAUUGUUUCAGCAGUCGGCACGCCAGUUAAUCUUCCACCACCUCCGCAUCUGGCAUAUCCAGUUCAUGGCUCCGUGGUUCCUGGUGCCCCUUUGAAUAUGGCUCCCGUGUCUUACCCGGUGCAGCGUCAUAGGUAAUUCCUGGCUGAGAAUUGUGGCAGAUGCAUUUUUAUUUCAUUUUUAUUGUUAUAAAUUAGAAAUAAACUAUAAACUGAACCCAACCUGUAUAGGCAAAUUAUGUCUCAAGUCUUCAAAGUUGUUAUGGUUGGACUUGUAAAAUGUAAACUAUUAUCUGUAACUUUAGAAAUAGAACAGUUUUAUUAGCCACUAA